GUAAAGUUUUGGUCAACUUUUCUCUCACACAAUGCCGAAAAAGAAGGAUAAGAAAAGCGGCGACGCACAAGAUGAAGACAAGAAAACACAGAAAAAGGACCGUACCGCAACUCCUGCGGAUAAACCCGCUCCUGACGACAAAGAGAAGGAUUUAUACUUGAUUCAAAUACGAUAUUUGAACGAGCAGCUGGAGAGAUAUCAGCUGAAAUGUGAUCAACUAGAGAGGCAGAAGAAGGACUUAAACUCUCAGUGCAGCACACUCGAGAAGGAAAAGAAGGACAUUGUUGAGUAUCUGAAACGCUCGCUGCUGGAAAAGGAGGACGAGGUGGAUGAGCUGACAGAGCGCCUGGAGAGUCGGCAGCGAGCUGCUGAUAAGGACAGAGAUCUCCUCCAGCUGCAGCACGCUCAGCUGAGGCAAGAGCUUCAACAGCAGAUUGAAGAACUCACUGCAGAAAACACCACGCUGGCCACAAGGCUUGCUGGUCUGGAGGAGUUUCAGAAGCAGAAGGAGCAGCUGAUGUCCAACAUGGAGUCUCUGGAGAAGCAGCUGGCUGGUCAGAAAGAGGAACACAAAGCUGAAAUCCACAGUCUGGAGAUGAAGGCACUGCUGGAAAAGAAGAGGUUGGAAAAGGAGAUGGAGAGCCACGUGGCGGCCAUGGCGGCAGAAGUGCAGCACCUGGUGGACCAGAAGGUCCCGGAGACGACCAGGUUGGCCCUUCAGGAGAACACAGAGGUCAAGGCUCUGUUCAGCCAGCUGUCGGAGCAGGCGCAGGUCCUGGUGGUGGAGAACUCUGCCCUGCGGGGCCGGAAGUGUAAGCUCAGUGUUGAUGUGGACAUCCUGGAGCAAAUGCUCAGCGAGACAUCCCGCCAGAGCUGUAUCCGCAAGAGGGUGGUGGAGCAGCUUACAGAGAAGUGUCAGCAGCUGCGGGCGGAGCUGAAUGACUGUAGGAGAGAACUGGAGCCGCUUCAGACCGAACACACAGGGGUCCUGGCCGAGAUGGAGGCUCUCAGGCAGGACCGGGUCUCUCUGUCUGAGCAGUGCAGUAAAAACAGAGCCGAGGUGAGUCGGCUGGAGGCGGAACUACGGGAGGAGAGAAAGAGGAAGAACCGGAUGAAGAGCAUCAUGAAUGACGCAGCCAUCACUCUCAGACAAGCCCUAAUGGAGGCAGCGACGGAGCAGGACUCGGAGGUGGACGUCCAGUGGAAGCCGCUGAUGCAGAGGCUGCUGGUGGCCUUGGACAGGCCCACACUCACUAACUCAACCACAGAGAGCGACCGGCUGAAUGAGCUGCAGACCUAUGACGCUGCAGCUGCCAGAGCAGGGACCCUGAAUCCAGCUUUGAGUCUCCAGUUUGCGCUGCCCUGCAACAGGCCAGGCGAUCUCGGCCUUGCAUCCCGUGCCACACUGAAACACAAACACAUGCUCUCCAGGACUGGAGCUGGGUGCAGCAGCACCCAUGUGCCUCUGCACAGGAAAUCCUCCAGUCAGAAAACAGCCGGCUCCAUUAACCCGACUGAUUCCACUGUCAAACAUUUCAACUCCAGAAACUCCUUCACCAAACUCAAAUAACACAAACAAAACUCAUAUACUGUUAAGAGAAAAACCUUCAGAUAGAGAGAAGAUCCAAUCUCUUCAUAACUCCAUUUACCUUCUGUCCUUUGCAAAGCACUCAAAUUAUAUUUAUUUUGUGCUAUAAAAGUCUUAUUGAAGAUACAAAUAGCGAUAAAUAAAAAAUUAGUAUAUAAAUAAGUAUAAAAGAGUCAUUGAGGAGUCAAUAAACUCAAUUUGUCUGUUAUAAUACUAAAUCUGUGUAAAGUUUGAUGACAUUUAGUAACCUUAGCCACCAGAGGCUAUUGGUCAUACCAUGUAGCAGAAAAACCCGUGAGUGUUCAAUUGUUUCAAGACUUCAUUAAUCAAAGAAUGACUGUGCCAUUUCUUUAUUCAAAAAGUCACAUUGUCUCCCUUAAAGACAGUGGUGGAAGAAGUACUCAGGUCAUUUAGUAGCAAGUGUAGACAUACUCUGUUA